AUGCAAAGAAAGAGAGUUAGAAAGUCACCGGCAAAAGUUGCUAAUGUAGCUGGUGCUGAUAAUGAAGAAACAAGCGAAUAUUAUUAUGAGUAUAUAUAUGAAUAUAUAUCAGAUAAUGAUUAUAGCAACUCUAAUCCUCUUACAGAUCCAGAAGAAUAUAUUAGUGAGGAUGAAAUUCCAUUACAAAAUAUUCAUUCUGCAAAGAGAACCCCGCAAUCAGUCAAAUCAGUUAAAUCAGUAGCUUCGGCUUCUCAAAGAUCAUUACCAACAACACAAGGUCUUUCUCCUGUCCCAACAUCUAAAUCAUCAAUUAGAUCUCCUAUGAAGUCACCUAGUAAAUCUCCAAUUAAAGUUCCUCAUCCUCCUGCAGCAUUCGGCCCUAAUAAAUUUGUCAGCCCAAGAAGAGCUAUAGUUGUAUCAUAUGCAAACCAAAAUAAAAGACCUGAAAUACUCAAGAACGAUGAAAAUACACCAAGAAACAAUCGUGAUAUUCCAAAACCACAGUUUAUUCUCGUUCCAGAAGAUCAAAUAAAGGUUGAAAAUAUGAAUAACAACAGGGCAAAAAGCGAAGGAAAGAAGAGAAGAAAUUCGGAUGGAGAGCAAGUUCAAGCAAUCACAGAUGCAAUUAAAUCACAAGAAUUCUUAGUUAAUAAAGAAAUUCAGCAACAACCAAUACCUAAGGCAGCCAAAACUCCACAAACAAGAAGAUUAAGAAGAGCUAAUUCACCUAGAAGAUCAAUGACACCAAAUGAAGUUCAAAAUAUUCGUCAUGAACUUGCAAAAGAAAAUUUCAAUAAUGAAGAAAUGAAGGAUAACAAUAUAAGAAGAAUUACAACUACUGCUUUUGAUGAUGAUAUCACACCAAGAAGAAAACGAAGAGUUGCACCACCUUCACAACAAAGAGUUCCAACAUAUAUAUCUCCAAGAAGUCUUACCCAUGAGAAUAAUUCGCAAGCAUCAAACUCUAUAAAUGUUCAUGCUAAAUCUCCAAGAAACUAUUAUGUUACACCACAAAGAGAUCUCGCUAAUAUUGAUAUAUCAAGCGAUGAUGAUAGUGAUGUCACAUAUAAUUAA